CAAAAUGGCGGUAGUUUUGAGAAAUGUUUGGAAGAGUUGGGAAUAUCGUUAAACGCCUUUUCUAGGGCGUGUUGGUUAGGUGGCGGCUACGGGCUUGCUUCGGAAAAGUUACGGAGAAUUAAGGGUAAUUAUUUCUCCUUGUGCAAAAUAGUGAAAUGCUUCAGAGGAAGAUCUGAAGUUUUCUGCAUGAUCCGGGGAGUUUGAUGGAGACUUCUGAAAUGUCUACGAUUGUUAAUGAUCCGGGGCAAAAUUUCUUGGCUGAGUGGACAACAAAUGUUACUCGUGCAGGAGUAAUAUUGAAUCCUCCAUUUUGCUUCAGUGAUGUGUACAGCUCUCUUCAGGAGUGCAGAAGUAUAAAUGACUCAUUCACUACUGAGUUUGCUCCACUUCAAUACUCAAACAACAGCAGCUGCUUCAGCUUAGAUUCCCUUUUGGAGGCAGACACACAGAAAGGAUCUGAACAACCUGGUUUUGAUAAGAAUGGUUCAUUGUCUUCAGAUCUUCACUCAAAUUCUUCCCAAAAUGGUUUAUUAUCGUGUAACAAUGUGGCAGGGAAGCAAGCCACUGAGAAAAUUAUUUAUAACGUUGCACUUGUGCAAAGACUUGAACAGUUAAAAGAGUGGCAACAGGAAAGGCAAGAGCAACUGAAGAAACAACAUCUGGAGCAGCUCCAGCAACUGGUAAAUGAGCAACAAACACUACUGGGUCUUAUUGGUACACAAGGAUAUGCAGAGAUUUUAAGUAGCUUAGAUGAUGUUGAAAAAAAAAUUCCAGUUAAAGUAGUUCUGCAACAAGAUGGACAUGUGGCACAAGAGAAUCCUGUCCUUGAGGGUGAGACUGGAGUUCACAUCGAAGACAGUGCUGCAUCAACAUGUUCAAGAGAACCUUUAAAUAAACAUCAAAGUAAUAAAGAUUCUACAAGGCCAACAUCUGUUCAAAGCCCACCUGAAAAAUCUUAUUCUUAUGAUGCACCAUCAUUUACAACUCUUGAAGAAAGACCCAUUAAGCCUGGUGUAACUGGAGAAAAGGAAACCUUUGAAGAAUUCCUGGAGAAGCAGAUGAAAAUGGAAGAACAGAGACUGCAACAACAACUUGAACUGAAACAGUUAUCGUUACCUCCAGUCUUCGCUGAGGAUAAGGGCAACCAGAAAAGGAAGUUUUUGAAGUGUGGUGAAGGACUAGCAAGAUUUUCAAAAAUCAAGUCGAGUAAUCUUGUAACAGUCAAAGCUGAUAAAGAAAGAAACCUAACCAAUCAGGAUUCUGUAAGUUUAAAGAAGGCAAAUUGUCAACAGAUGCAGCGGAAGUUGACACUAUUAAGCAAGGAAAACCAUAAUACUAGCUCUUCCUGGCUUGUCAACAAACCAAAGACAAUUGGUAAAGGGAAGAGCAACUCUGCAUUAUGUCUUAAAAAAGUAGCUGCCUUAGGAACCUGCAGUGAAGGUGCUGUCUUCCAGUCACUUCAUCAAGCUGAGGAGAUAACAAAUGCUUCAGAAGGUCAUGUUCACAAUGCCCCUAAAACUGAAACUAUUAAUGUGGUUCAGGAUUAUGAACAAAUGAAAAAACAGAUGAAACAGGGCAGUGAACUUUUGCUUGAACUUGCAUCACCGUGUAAGGCUGAGAGAUUGCAGAAAAAAUCAGGAAAUAUACUUCCCACUUGUCCAAUUGAUGGAGCCUCAAAUGAAAUUGAGAACUCAUUUGAGAUAUCAUUUCAAAAAAAGAUGGAGAACUGGAAUAAGGAAAAUGAGAAGGAAAUUGUUGAAUUGAAUGAAUUUGAAUUUUUGGAGCAGGCAGCUGAAGAACUUUCCUUCUCUAGUAAUUCUUCCUUUGUGUUAAAAAUGGCACACCAAGAUUGGCAAUACAAUAAAGACCAUAGAUUGUCCUCCACACCAAUAAAACUUUCUCAAGAUGAUCAAAUGUUUGAAAAUUCAAAUGACCCAAAAAAUAACAGAAAUGUGGAUGAUAGUGAUAUGAAGAAUGUUUAUCUGAAAAGUAAUUAUGUUGAAGCAGAGGGAAAGUUCACAAGUGUUUUUGAUCCACUGAUCAGCAAUGAAGCUGUAGCUCAAAGUGUCAAAUGUAAUUCUGAAGAAGAUCAGUGUAGUAUUUGUGAUACCACUUCAGAUUCAAAGAUGGAUCUUGAUUCUACACUGACAAAUGAAUCAGAGAAGCAGUCAGUGAUUUUUAACAGUAACAAGGAAGAUGAUCCUAAUUCUGUGUGUGGUAAACAACCAACAGACAGUCUCAAUAAAGAUAAGAAAAUGGACAUUGAUCUUGACUUGUCAUCUGAUGAUGAUGAUGAUGUCAAAAUGUUGACUGUGAUAGAGAAUGAUAAACUUGAGUUGAGCCAGAAAGAAGAUUCCUCUCUGUUUAAUUCAGAAGGAAACUUACCAUUGCAGCAAGAAAAGGUUGAGUUUGACGAUGACCAAACAUGGACUGACCAAGAAGAAGGUGGAUUUAAUAAACUUGAAGAUAUUUCAAUAGAGCCUGUUCAUACUUCUGUAUUAGUGACUCAAAAAUUCUCUUCUGGUGAAGUUACUGAGGACAAAUGUUUGAGAAGAAAAACUGCUUCUGCCAAGAAAGGAGAUGUUGAAGGUGAAAAAAAACUGAAGUUUGGAGAAUCACCACCUACAUCUGAUCUAAUAGCAAGAUUAUUUCCUUCACUGAAACCCAAGGCAAAGCCUGCAUUGCUUCAAGAGCUGGAACAGAAAUCUAAAACAGUGAAUGAAAAACCAUUAGGUAAUUGUAUCCAGUCCAAGUUGAUGAAGGAUAAGCUAUUAGAAUUGGAAUCUGAAAUUAACCAAUUUCGAGCAGAAAAUUCUACACUGGCUAAACUCCGAGAUGAUAAGGAAAAAGCUAUGAUGGAAUUUAGGAAAGAAAUUGCAGACUUUGAACGUAAGAAAGCUGAGGAGCUGACUCAAUUAGAAGAAUACAAAAAAGAGGAAUUAAAACGACUACAAAAGGAGCGAAUGGUUUUUGAAAAAUAUGCUGCAAUAGCAAGAGCUAUUCCGGACAAAAAGGAAAGAGAAGAAAUUAAGGUUCUUAAGCAGCAGAUAAUAGACUUGCAAGAAGAAUUGAAACGGAAGGAAUUAAGGUGGUCAAGCACUUACACAAGGCUUCGAAAUCAGAUCGAUGCACUUACCAAGGAAAAUCAAGAGCUUCGAGAUGAAGUUAAAGUAAUGGAAAAACUUCGAUUAGAAACCUGGAAGAAAGCUGAGAUGGCAACUGAGAAGAAAACUGGAAACUCACUUCCACAGCUUAUGAAAACUGAUGGGAUUCCAUUAGAAGCUAGGAAAAAGGAAACUGAUUCCUUGUUCAAAGACAGAAAUGGAGGAAAUAAAAGUUCAUACAGAAUUGAACAGUCUUCCCCAAGAAAUAUUAAAGUGAGCCAUGCUGUGAAACUCUCAGCUCCUGGAAUGACCAGAAAUGGCUUGAAGGAAAGUUCAGUGUCUUUAGUGAAUAAUGUUGAAAACACUAAAAUGAAUAAUACUGCGGUGCCUGGAAUGAAUCUUUCAAUGUCUUAUGAAAAUGUUCUAAAUGAAGAGCAGGUCUCAUCGCCAGCUAGUUCAUGUCUGGAAUUUAAUGGGGCCAAGGACGAAAUUCAAGAGGAGAUUAAAUACCCAGAUGGAAAGGUUGAGCAAGUGCUGAGAAGUGGACAUCAUAUAAUCAUUUUCUGUAAUGGUACAAGGAAAGAAGUUAGUGCUGAUGGGAAGAUCAUUAAAGUAACCUUCUUCAAUGGAGACAUAAAGCAGAUUAUGUCAGACCAGACUGUAAUAUACUAUUAUGCAGAUGCCCAGACAACACACACAACUUACCCUGAUGGUCUUGAAGUUUUGCAGUUCCCAAAUAAUCAACUAGAGAAACAUUAUCCAGAUGGCAGAAAGGAAAUCACCUUUCCAGACCAGACCAUUAAAUACUUGUUUGCAGAUGGUCACGAGGAGAAUGUGUUUCCUGAUGGAACAAUAAUACGCAUGCAGCUUGAUGGUACCAAGAUAAUUGAAUUUAAUAAUGGACAAAGGGAAAUACACACACCAAGCUACAAAAGACGCGAGUAUCCUGAUGGAACUGUUAAAACAGUACAUCUAAAUGGACAGCAAGAAACAAAGUACAGCUCUGGAAGAGUAAGAAUAAAAGAUAAGGAAGGCAAUGUAAUCAUGGACAGUAAACCCCACUGAUUAAGUAUUGUUUUAAAUGUAGUCAACACUUAAAAUUACAAUCAGUUAUCGUAAAGAAUUUGACUGCUAGUAUUUUUCUUGUAAAUACUUCUAUGAAAAUGUCAACCAUGAGCUUGGUGUUUAAAUGUUUAUAAAAUGGAUUUAUUGAAUUAUUUA